ACAGUUACUCGGUUCGCUCGUUUGCUGCCGCCGCCAUGUCCCGGGAGCCCGAGAUCAUGGAGUCGCAGGUGAUGUGGGAGCCCGACACGAAGCGCAACACCCACAUGGACCGGUUCCGCACCGCCGUUGCCAACAGCUGCGGGCUGCGCCUGGCCAACUACAAUGACUUGUACCAAUGGUCGGUGGAAUCCUUCUCAGACUUCUGGGCAGAAUUCUGGAAGUACAGUAACAUUGUCUGCUCUCACCUGUAUGAUGAGGUGGUUGAUACUUCCAAAAGCAUUGCAGAUGUCCCGGAAUGGUUUAAAGGAAGCCGUCUGAACUAUGCAGAAAACCUUCUGAAGCACAAGGACAAUGACAAGAUUGCACUGUAUGCAGCAAAGGAAGGCAAAGAAGAAAUCCUGAAAGUUACCUUUGAAGAACUGAGACAAGCUGUAGCUUUGUAUGCUGCAGCCAUGAGGAAGAUGGGAGUGAAAGUAGGAGACAGAGUUGUGGGUUACUUACCAAACAGUAUUCAUGCAGUGGAAGCAAUGCUGGCUGCUGCAAGUAUUGGUGCUAUCUGGAGUUCAACAUCGCCAGACUUUGGCAUUAACGGUGUGCUGGACAGAUUUUCCCAAAUUCAACCUAAGCUCAUCUUCUCUGUUGAAGCUGUUAUAUACAAUGGCAAGGAACACAACCACUUGGAAAAGCUGCAUAGUGUGGUAAAAGGGCUUCCAGAUCUAAAAAAAGUGGUGGUGAUUCCAUAUGUCUUCUCAAGAGAAACCAUAGACAUUUCUAAGAUUCCCAACAGUAUAUUUUUAGAAGACUUCCUUGCUACUGGGAAAGGAGACCAAGCCCCCCAGCUGGAGUUUGAACAGCUGCCUUUCAGUCACCCUCUCUUCAUCAUGUAUUCAUCAGGCACAACAGGGGCACCAAAAUGCAUGGUUCAUUCAGCAGGGGGCACACUAAUACAGCACCUGAAGGAACACAUUCUUCAUGGCAACAUGACAAGCAAUGACAUUAUUAUGUACUACACAACGACUGGAUGGAUGAUGUGGAAUUGGUUAGUGACUGCACUUGCUACAGGAGCUUCAGUUGUCCUUUAUGAUGGGUCUCCUCUGAUUCCUUCACCAAAUGUGCUCUGGGACUUGACUGACAGAUUAGGGAUCACCAUCCUUGGAACGGGUGCAAAGUGGCUGGCUGUGCUAGAAGAGAAAAAUUUAAAACCACGUGAAACACACAAUCUCCAAACACUCCACACUAUCCUGUCGACAGGAUCGCCGCUCAAAUCACAAAGCUAUGAGUAUGUCUACAAACACAUAAAAAGCAGUGUCCUCCUGGGAUCCAUUUCAGGUGGGACAGAUAUAAUUUCAUGUUUCAUGGGUCAUAAUGUUACAAUUCCAGUUUACAAAGGAGAAAUUCAGGCCAGAAAUCUUGGAAUGGCUGUAGAAGCGUGGAAUGAUGAAGGAAAACCAGUUUGGGGUGAAAGUGGAGAACUGGUUUGUACCAAGCCUAUUCCCUGUCAGCCUACACACUUCUGGAAUGAUGAGAAUGGAAACAAGUACAGAAAGGCUUAUUUCUCAAAAUUCCCAGGGGUUUGGGCACAUGGUGAUUACUGCAAAAUUAAUCCCAAGACAGGAGGAAUUGUCAUGCUGGGUCGCAGUGAUGGUACAUUAAAUCCAAAUGGAGUAAGAUUUGGAAGUUCUGAAAUCUAUAACAUAGUUGAAGCCUUUGAGGAGGUUUCUGAUAGCCUCUGUGUCCCUCAGUACAACAAAGAUGGGGAGGAGAGGGUGAUACUCUUCCUGAAGAUGACUUCAAACCAUGCCUUCAGCGAGGAUCUGGUGAAGAAAAUCCGCGAUGCAAUUCGUGUAGCGCUUUCUGCCAGGCAUGUUCCGAGCCUCAUUCUAGAAACCAAAGGCAUUCCGUAUACAAUAAAUGGGAAAAAAGUGGAAGUAGCUGUGAAGCAAAUAAUUGCAGGGAAAGAAGUUGAGCAGCGAGGAGCUUUCUCAAACCCAGAGACUUUGGACCUGUACCAAAAUAUCCCUGAGCUUCAGAACUUCUGAAGUAACUUGAGUGGUUUGUUUUUUUCCUU